UCAGCUGCAUGGAGCUCCACCAUAGCAACAUGGAUUCUGGCAUUGUUUAAUAUCAUCAAGCAAUCUUGGUCUGCGUCUAGGAAAAAAAAAAUCUCCAGAAAUAAAAAUCAUACUAUUUUAGAGGAGGUUGCAGGUUUAAACGGGGACGAAAUGACCACCGACAUCUGCAGGUCCAGUAAGUUGAAUACAUUGGUGACUAAACUUCAUGAGUUCUUGGGUCAUUCUCCAGACGACGAAAGCAUUGAUUCUCAAGACAUUUCCAAUGGUAAUAUGGCUGAUCGUGACUCAAACAUCCCUAAUGAGAGAAUGAAUGAGCCUGGUUGCUCCUCAGAAAUGACCAAACCCUCAUCUUCACGCUCAAAGAGAAAACCUUCAUUUGUGACCAAGCACACUGCUGUAGAUGAGUCUGAAUGUGCGAAUGAGAGUGCAGGUGAACACGGCACAGAUGAGAGCAUGCAGAGCAGUCUGGAUAUCAGCAAGCUGCCGCAAGGCACAGUGGUGGUCAAGCCGGAACCGGUUGCUAAUGAAGCUAAAGAUGAAUUCCGUGGCCCCGAGUUUCGUAGCAGAGGAAGUAAAGUGAAAGAGGACGGUGCUCGGAAACGUCCUGACGAGCGGCUCAAGGAGAUUUUUAAUUGCACAGCAUGUGGACAGCAAGUCAAUCACUUUCAGAGAGAUUCUGUGCUUCAACAUCCCGCACUACAUGUUCUUAUCUGCAAGUCAUGUUUCAAAUAUUAUAUGAGUGAUGAUAUCAGCAAGGAUGAAGAUGGAAUGGAUGAGCAAUGCAGGUGGUGUGCAGAGGGGGGUAAUCUGAUGUGCUGUGACUACUGCAGCAAUGCCUUCUGCAAAAAGUGCGUUUUGAGGAACCUUGGACGAAAAGAGCUGUCUGAAAUCAUGAAUGAAGAAAGCAAAUGGCACUGCUAUGUGUGCCGUCCAGAGCCGCUGCAGGACUUUGUUAAAACCUGUGAGAAAGUUUUGCUCAAUCUGGAAUCGUCUUAUAGAAAGCCCAAGGGAGACGGUGACAAGACGAAGCGCGAAGAUCGUAAACACAAGCAUGGCAAACGAGAAAAAACUGCUGUAAAUGGACAGGAUUACGCCUCCGACGGAGCGGGAUCGUUAUCCUUUUCCUGUAAGACGUUGACGGUUCCGAAAGAGCUCGUCAAGAAGACCAAAAAACUCAUCGAGACCACAAACGGUUUGAAUCGUACUUUUGUACAAUUCCUCCAGCACACGUCAAAAGGCCGUGAAGUUGGCGCCGUAAGUAAUAGACACUUAAAGGCCUUCAAAUCGGUUUUGGCCGAUCUGAAAAAGGCCCACGUGGCUCUGGAGGAAUCACUGGAAAAAGAAUUUGAAUCGAAAGGCCUCAAGUUUCAAAACGGAGAGGAGCAAAGACCGGCACACAGUCAAACAGAUCAUACCGUUGUUAACUCAGUCCCUGCUCCUGUCAGAGAAGAUGGUUUGGAUUGCACCGCCAAGGACCAAGAUGAAAACCAACAGGAAAGUAACUCAGCUGAUGUUGAAAUGAAGGAGAGCCUUCCACCCUCUCCAGAAGGACCUCAGGAUCGGUCUGAAGAAAGUGAAGCUCAAGAAAUGGCAGAUAACCCUGACUUUGAGGAAAACCCAGUGCCAGCUGGGGAAGCGUCUCUUGAUAAAGACAUUGUGUCUAUUCCACCGUCUGUCCCAGAGGAGCUCUUUGAGAUGGUCGAGAGUCUUGCGGUAAAGAAAGAAGACCGUGACGAUAGCAACUCGACUGGUUCCAGUGAUUGGAAAUCAACGUCCAAUGCUGGGGUUGUGGAAUCCAAUAAGAGCCUUACAAAACUGGGUAGAAAACUUGUUGUCAAACUAACACCUGUUCCUCUUAAAAUCACCAUAAAACGAGAUAAGAGUCAAGAACAGUCGCCUUCAGAAGACUUGCCAAAGGAGGCUCAAGAUAGCAGACGCUCCCCCAGGAUGAAGACCACACCGCUGCGCAAGUCACCAGAGACGAAGCGCAAACGCAAACCGAGGUCGUCAAGGGAUAAAGAAAAGCACAGCGACGCAGUGAAGGAGCAGUGCGAUUCAGACUCAGAUGAAGUCCCUGAGGUCCUGCAGACUGCUGCCUUGAAGGCCAGCUCUGAUGAGAGCGAACCCGAGAACGCUUCUGGAAAAGGUACCAAGAAGAAGAAGGUAGCUUCCCGCUCUGCUGAGAAAGCAAAAGCGAAGCCAAAGCGUAAACUCGAUAUGGGCUCCUCGGAUUCAGAACAGAGCGGCAAGUCAUCAACAGCAAACAAAAGGAGGCCCAAAAAAAAGAAGGGCAGAGAAUCUGACUCCUCGAACCACAACUCUGAUCUUGAGAAACAGAUGAAAAGCCUGUCCAAGAUCGGCAGUGGGAAAAAAACGUCCAAAGGUGUCAAAAAGGAAGAGAGUGAAUCCAGUAAAGAGGGCAAGAAAGGCCCUAAAAGGUCAUUCGAGAGGAAACGGCGGUCACAGAAAGAAAAGGCUAAAACCAAGGAGGAGUUUUCCUCCAGUGAUGAAGAGCAGGAGGAGGAGGAGCAGGCCGCUAACUCGGACGAAGACAGCGAUCAGCAGAAGAUUAAACCAAUUCUUGAGUCCGUGAUGGCUAGUAUUGAUGGUUUCCAUCAGUCAUCAGGUGAUGAAAUUGAAUUGAAGGCUGAAUCCUCCCAGGUGGUGGAUGAUGACGAUGAUCCAGAGAAUAGAAUUGCCAAAAGGAUGCUUCUGGCGCAAAUCAAAGCCAAUUAUUCAUCUGGAGCUGACAGUUCAUCUGAUGAUGAAAAUGCAGACAAAGAGGACGGGGAUUCACCAAAGAAAGGAAAAGAUGGUGCUAAGAAGCAAGAUGAAAGUGAGGAAGAGGAUGAAACUUCGGACUCGGGCUCAGAUGUUGACGUGAAGAAAGGUGGACGCAGACACCGUUUGUUGAGUAAGAAGUUGACUCUAAGCGAGGGAGACUCUGAUGACGAGACUCCAGUCAAAAACAAGAAAGAAACCAAAAAGAGAGGCAAGCGGAAAGUGGACAGCGACGACUCUGCAGACUCGGACUUUGAGCAGUCGCGCUCGGGCUCCAGCGAUGCAUCAGCGCUCAGUGAGACUGCGAGUGAAGACGCCGAUGAAGACAAGAGCAAUAAGCGCAAAACACGGCCACUGUUUCACAGGAAGCACAUUCCUUUUCAGUUGUUGACAUUAAUCUCACUGUAUGUCGGUGUGUUUUGGCUUGUGUUUCAGGUGACAGAGCUGGCCACAGUCAAGAGGCCUCAGGAGAGAGCGUACGCUUUACAGCGCUGGCAGGAGGAUGGCGGCGUCAUGAUCAUAGGCUACGAGAUGUACCGCAACCUCACGCAAGGACGAAACAUCAAGAGCAAGAAGCUGAAGGAAACCUUUCAGAAAACGCUGGUUGAUCCAGGUCCGGAUUUUGUCAUCUGUGACGAGGGUCACGUGCUGAAGAACGAAGCGUCUGCUGUCUCCAAAGCCAUGAACUCCAUCAUGACUCGUCGGCGAGUGGUGCUGACAGGAACCCCACUGCAGAACAACCUGAUAGAGUAUCACUGUAUGGUGAACUUCAUCAAGGAGAACCUGCUGGGGUCAGUGAAAGAGUUCAGAAACCGCUUCAUCAACCCCAUCCAGAACGGCCAGUGCGCCGACUCCACGCUGACUGAUGUCCGAGUCAUGAAGAAGCGCGCACACAUCCUCUACGAGAUGCUGGCAGGAUGCGUCCAAAGAAGAGACUAUACUGCCCUUACAAAAUUCCUGCCGCCAAAACACGAGUAUGUGUUAGCGAUACGUUUAACACCCAUUCAGUGCAAGCUUUACCGAUACUACCUGGAUCACUUCACAGGUGUCGGUUCUGCCUUGGAGAGUGGAAGAGGCCGCGCUGGGACCAAACUCUUCCAGGAUUUCCAGAUGCUCAGCAGAAUCUGGACCCAUCCGUGGUGCCUCCAGCUGGACUAUAUCAGUAAAGAAAACAAGGGAUACUUCGAUGAGGACAGUAUGGAGGAGUUCAUAGCCUCAGAGACAGAGGAGUCCUCCAUGAGUUUGACCUCUGAAGAUGAGAAGCCCAAAAGAAAGAAGCAGCGAGGCAAAGGGAAAGAGCAGAGCUCAGACAAGUCCGACAGCGAUGACCUGGAAGUGAUUAAGGAGUGGAACACCAGCUCUCGUGGAGGAAACCCUGAGGGGCGCAACAGAGCAGAGCCUGUGGAAGAGGUUCGGCCGUCGAACUCAGGUCCUGGCAGCCCAUCACCUGACUGGUACAAAGAGUUUGUGACCGAGCCAGAUUCUGAGGUGCUGGAGCAUUCUGGGAAAAUGGUGCUUCUUUUUGAGAUCCUCCGCAUGGCAGAAGAAUUGGAAGAAAAAGUGUUGGUGUUCAGCCAGUCUCUCAUUUCUCUGGACCUCAUUGAAGAUUUCCUGGAGUUGGCAGGCAAAGCUAAAGAGGAAGGCAAGCUUUCGCCGUACAAAGGUGAGGGCAAGUGGUUCAGAAACAUUGACUACUAUCGUCUAGAUGGUUCAACGAAUGCCGUGACCAGGAAGAAAUGGGCAGAGGACUUCAAUGACACCAGUAAUGUUCGGGGGCGAUUGUUCCUCAUCUCAACCAGAGCUGGUUCUCUUGGGAUCAACUUGGUAGCUGCAAACAGGGUCAUAAUUUUCGACGCCUCAUGGAACCCAUCCUACGACAUUCAGAGUAUUUUCAGAGUCUAUCGCUUUGGCCAAGUGAAGACCGUGUUUGUCUACAGGUUUUUGGCUCAGGGAACCAUGGAGGACAAGAUCUAUGACCGGCAGAUCGCCAAACAGUCGCUGUCCUUCAGAGUUGUAGACCAACAGCAGAUUGAACGCCACUUUACCAUGAACGAACUGACGGAGCUGUACGCGUUUGAGCCCGACCAGCUGGACGAUCCAUCUGAGAAGAAGAGCAAGCGGGCCACACCCAUGCUGCCCAAGGAUCCUUUCCUGGCAGAACUCCUUCACAGUUACAAAGAUCACAUCGUCGGCUACCACGAGCAUGACUCUUUGCUGGACCACAAGGAGGAAGAGGCACUGAGUGAGGAAGAUCGCAAGGCGGCCUGGGCCGAAUACGAGGCCGAAAAGAAGGGGCUGUCCAUGCGUUUCAACCAGCCGUCCUAUUCUCAGAUGGGCAUGGGAGCAGGACCAAACUCUUACUUCCCCUUCAACGUGGCUGCUUUGGCCUCCAUGAGUAACCAACAGUUGGAGGAUUUGAUUAACCAGGGCAGGCUGAAAGUGUUGGAAGCCACUAACGCUCUGAAGUCAGUGCCCAGGGAACUACUGGAGGACAUCAUCGCGCAGGUGUGGAAGGAGAACCCGAGUUUACCCGAGGCCCAGGUUCAGUCCAUGGCUCUUGGGAGGCAGGCUGGCUACGAGCUGGAAAUCAAACACAGGGAGGCUAUUUACCGUGAUGUACUCGGCAAGCAACAAACUCUGAUGAUGUACGUGCAGAAGGUGAUCGCCAACCGUAAGGUGCAGGAGCAGCAGCUGGCCAUGGCGAGGCAGGGUCUGCUGCUCAAUCAGCUGGCCAUGCAGAACGGUCUUACUGGCCCCAUAAAUCAGAUGGAUCUGCUGGGCUUGUACCAGCAGCUCGGGGCGCUCCAGGGCCUCCCCUCCUCACAGCUGGGCAAGAACCCGGGCCCGUCUAAGGGCCUGUAGAUGCCUCUGCCCCUCGGUGUACACACAGCUGGACUGAUUGAGCCAGGACACCUACUUGAGCUCCUCAGUAACGAGAGGGCAUCCUGGGACUUUUUGGCAGUGCAGUUUGUCAUUUUGUGUAUAUAGCCUUAAUGUUAUUCAAGUUUUUUUUGUUUUGUUUUUUUCCUCUCACGUAUUUAAGAUUGAAGAA